AUGUCGCGGUUCCGACCUGCACGCGCGUCGUCCCCCAUGAAGCCGACGACUGCUCCGGCUGCCGCCCUUGCGAAUGGUCUUCUCACCGAGUCACGCUCUUCUGUGGCUAUCCCUGAGCUUGUGGGGCUCUCUCCCGAAGAGGUUGGAUUUAUUGAUGCCGUUAUUGAGCGCGCCCCCGCUACCGCCACAACCUUCCUGACAGUCUUCAAGGCAUACAACGACAUCCUGCAGGAACGAGGGUUAGAUCCCCAGAAUGAGGUCGUAUACUAUGGUAAGCUCUUGAAGCUUGGAACCCUGAAGGGAAAGAAUUGGGGGGAGAAGUGGAGUGCGAUCAAGGAGCAGCAGGGCUACGUGGCUGGGACGAGUGGCGGCGCGCGAACGACGCGGGUCACUCGGAAUACACCCUCUGGCAAAAUCAAGACGCGUCUGACCACUGGAAUGCCGAAGUCCCGUUUAGAGGACACCUUCACCCUUCAGUCGUAUCCGGAGGACACGGAGUCUGUGAGGACGGGCGAUAUCACAAAUACCCGGACAGACAUCCCUCAAUACGGCGACACCCCACGGCCGCUACGGCGGCCAUUCUCGCCCUCCAUCAACACGACCAACAAUUCCCUAGGUCUACAUACUGGGCCCCCUGCAUCGGCCUUUUCUGCAGAGACGCCUCUUUCUGCGCCUUUGCGGCGCGUGCUGCCAAAUCGUAGGCUUGUCCCUUGGGCAGACGACGCUUCUGAAGUUACAGACGAUGUGACAGUCUCACCAUCAACGAUUCCUCCGUCAUACAGGGCAGCUCUGCGUGGACUUCCGCAAACCAAGGAGCGCAGGAACAGUAUCAUUAACGAGGGCGACGCAUGGACUAAGAUCAAGGAAGCACAAGAUUACGAGGAAGCGGAUCACUUUCGAGAAGACAGACUCCUCGAGCGGUGUUGGGAGGUCUGGAAGCAAGGUUAUCAGUGGAUCAUUACUACUCAUGAACAAAUUGCCAACGCAAGGGAUCAUCUCAUUUUACGACUGGCUCUUCAGCGGUGGCAGCGACGCACUGAGACGUAUCGUGAGCUACAUAUGCGCAUCUCUGCACUCUCGGACAGGCGUCGCAUGAAGCUUGCCGUGCAAAUUUGGAAAACAAAAUGGAAGGAAAAGAGGCAAGCAGUGUGGCGCGAGUCGAUGCGGGCGCGCAUGCAGACUGUGCGCCAGAAGAGGGAAGCGAAGCUACUGAAGGACGCUUGGGCAAAAUGGCGGCAGUCGCACCGUUCGCACUUGUCGGAACAGCAUUAUGCAGAUCGACUUGUUGUGCGAUUCUUCAAGCGUUGGAGAACUCGCCUCGAAGACUUGGAACAGCUGGAUGCUGCCGUAGAUCAUUUCCUCUACGAGAAGGAGGAAAGAUCCGUGGAGCGAUGCUGGGACAUGUGGCGGAGGGCGAUGGAGAUGCGUAAAGCGGAAAGAAUGAUGGUUGAGCGGGUUGACCUAAGGAUUAUGGGGAAAACAAUGGAGGUAUGGAAGCACCGCGUACAUAAACAUCAAGUCGCGGAUGACUUCUAUAAUCGUGUCAUUUUAAAACGAGUCCUCGGAGCAUGGAAGGCAGCACGAGACCGGAUACGGGCAGGUCGUUCAAUGAUGGAACGUCGUGCCGACAAGCACAUGGCACGACAAGAUGAUGUCUUGGUCAGGGCAGUACUGCGAGUAUGGAAAGCCCAUGAACGUGGACGGUUACUAGAAGGUGUUCGUGGCGCAAAGCUUUUGAAACAAGCUUGGAGUGUUUGGAAGCAGCGCAGGCUACGUCUACAGGGUUUAGAAGACCUAGCGCUGGCGUUUUCGACGCGUGCAUCUUCUACUGUCGUAUCAUCUUCCUUGCAUAGAUGGCGUCAAGUAUAUCAUACACACCAAAAUGCUCAAUCUUUCGCAGUUCACUAUCAUUCAGCUCAGCUUCGUUUCAAGAUGCUUCUUGUCUGGCGAUUACAGCUGAGAGCCAGGUUGAGAAUGGUAAAGGAGGCUCGGCUCGCGCAGAAAUAUUUCCUGCAGAGGCGGUUUUGGAAACAGUGGAAGACCCAAUUCGCACAGAAAAAGCUGGACAAGAAGUUGGUGGACUUUGAGGCUCGUCUUGCCCGACGGCAUUUCCUUGAGUGGCUCAACCUUGCACGACGUCAGCGACAACGGAAAAUCGCCGAGGAGAUCGUCCAGCAGCGUAUCGACAUGCGGAUCAUGACACAGUCACUGACUCAUUGGGUGAAUCGUGUCGUCGAUAUUAAAGAUCGAGAGCUCGAGGUGGACCAGCAAUAUCGACGAAAACUUCUCGCUGGGUCUUUUAAGAAAUGGAAGGCACUAUGCAUUCGGCAUGUCGAAGAGCUCAGCCUGAUGGAGAGUUAUCAGGAUGUCAAGAGAGAGGAAAACAUGCGCAGAAUGUUCUACAAGUGGUUGGCAGGAGCCAGGAAUGCCCGACACAGGCGGCUAUACCUACAGCAAAAGGAGGACGAAAUGAAGAUGACGGUCAUCGCUGCUGCAUGGGAUAAAUGGCGCGAACGCUUCCUUGAUAUUCGCUUGCAGCCUAUGGCGGAUAAUUUCCUGUUGCAGAACCAGCAAAAUCUCAUGUUCCGCGCGUUCGGUAUCUGGCAUGCGAAGACCAGGUCGCUGCCCGCUGUGCGAUUCCACGCAUUCCAUGCCAAGCUGAAAGCUUGGAAAAUCUGGCGCGACGCCAUGCCUAGAGCACUACAAGCCCGACAAGCGCGGGAGAUGGACCGCAAAUCAGUCCUAUCGAUAACGUUUGAGAGAUGGCUUAAGGCCUACAAGACCAAGAUUGAGCUCAAGGCUGUAGCUCGUGCACGAUAUCUCCGACUACCUACUGCUGUUCCCCGUCAAAACUCAGACUAUCCGCGAUCGAAUGCUCCGCCCCAGGUGCCGCGGACAACCUUCUCGCGACCGCCCCGUCCAAUCAGCCCCCCAGACUCGGAAGCACUCGGACCUUCGAGUGUACCGCCUGCAUUCUCCAGGCCAUUCUCUGGGCGUGCCGGCAUCGCUAGCUUGCUCGCCAAGGCGCGAUCGGCCUCCCCAGAGCGUACGAAUAGGCGACUUGCGGAAUUGCGAGCCCCAACGAGCAUCUCACGUCCCAAACUGUCAACGCGAGCGAGUACUACCCGGGCGGCGAGUCCGACAUAUUCGCAGGCUUCUCUGGGGGCAGACACGACGGGCAGUGAGUUCCCUCGCCCCAGGUCGACUGCUUCUGCCGGGGAUAUGGGACGAAGCAGAUUGUGGCAUGAGCUUCGAGACAUCCAGUUGCGCUCCCGGCCCCUCUCCGAUCGGACGAAGUCUCGAGAGCUAUGA